AUGGACGUGGACGUGGACGUGGACGUGGACGUGGACAUGGACGUGGACGUGGACGUGGACAUGGACGUGGACGUGGACGUGGACGUGGACGUGGACGUGGACAUGGACGUGGACAUGGACGUGGACGUGGACAUGGACGUGGACAUGGACGUGGACGUGGACGUGGACGUGGACGUGGACGUGGACGUGGACAUGGACGUGGACGUGGACGUGGACGUGGACGUGGACGUGGACAUGGACGUGGACGUGGACGUGGACUGGACGUGGAGGACGUGGACGUGGACGUGGACGUGGACGUGGACGUGGACAUGGACGUGGACGUGGACGUGGACGUGGACGUGGACGUGGACGUGGACGUGGACAUGGACGUGGACGUGGACGUGGACAUGGACGUGGACGUGGACGUGGACGUGGACGUGGACGUGGACGUGGAUGGACGUGGACGUGACGUGGACGUGGACAUGGACGUGGACGUGGACGUGGACAUGGACGUGGACGUGGACAUGGACGUGGACGUGGACGUGGACGUGGACGUGGACAUGGACGUGGACGUGGACGUGGAGGACGUGGACGUGGACGUGGACGUGGACGUGGAGACGUGGACGUGGACGUGGACGUGGACGUGGACGUGGACAUGGACGUGGACGUGGACGUGGACAUGGACGUGGACGUGGACGUGGACGUGGACAUGGACGUGGACGUGGACGUGGACGUGGACGUGGACUGGACGUGGACGUGGACGUGGACGUGGACGUGGACGUGGACGUGGACGUGGACGUGGACGUGGACGUGGACGUGGACGUGGACGUGGACGUGGACGUGGACGUGGACGUGGACAUGGACGUGGACGUGGACGUGGACAUGGACGUGGACGUGGACGUGGACGUGGACAUGGACGUGGACGUGGACGUGGACGUGGACGUGGACGUGGACGUGGACGUGGACGUGGACGUGGACGUGGACGUGGACAUGGACGUGGACGUGGACGUGGACGUGGACAUGGACGUGGACGUGGACGUGGACGUGGACGUGGACGUGGACGUGGACGUGGACAUGGACGUGGACGUGGACGUGGACGUGGACAUGGACGUGGACGUGGACAUGGACGUGGACGUGGACGUGGACAUGGACGUGGACGUGGACGUGGACGUGGACGUGGACGUGGACGUGGACGUGGACAUGGACGUGGACGUGGACGUGGACGUGGACAUGGACGUGGACGUGGACGUGGACGUGGACGUGGACGUGGACGUGGACAUGGACGUGGACGUGGACGUGGACGUGGACGUGGACGUGGACGUGGACGUGGACGUGGACAUGGACGUGGACUGGACGUGGACGUGGACGUGGACGUGGACGUGGACGUGA